CGUUCCCCCAAGAGUAAAUGUAUCGCCCAUUCACAGCGUGCAAGCCACAAGCAGACGCCUUUUUGCCAGUUUCUACUUCAAUUCCGCAUUAUUUUAUGUUAUUAUUUGUCCAACAUUCUAUAAAAGUGGCACUCCCUUUGGCUUGGAGCCCUUUGUCCACACCUUUGCGACCCUUAGAUCUAAUAUUCGGUGAUCCACCGGUCCUUCCGUACAUGACCAUUUGGUCCGAUUCUUGUCUUUGAACCCACUAUAUAUUUUCCACCCACUGCCUUCACCCCUCCGACGUUUCCCUUCCGUGAACAUGUCCUACUCUCAACCCCACUAUUUGCCUCCUCCCCAGCAACAGUAUUAUACAGCUUCGCCUCAACUUACCAAUGGUCAAUCACCACAUCACCCACCUCCUUCGAUGCGGCAAGAAACGACUGCACAGCGAAAGCGUCCCAAGUAUACCCGCAGUAAGACCGGUUGCAUGACAUGCCGCGUGAAAAAAAUCAAGUGCGACGAAACGAAACCCAACUGCAUGCGUUGUACGCAUGGGCAACGAGAUUGUACUUGGCCAGAAGGUGUGCCGGCGAAAAGAAAGACGACCUCGAGAAAAGAUUCUGUCGACGGAGGACCUUCUACCGCGAACUCUUCGAUAUCAGACGGCUCCACUCCUCCCAUACGGGAGAGAACCCCCCCUAGAAUCCAAUCACAGUCGCUGGAUGCUGGCAUCCCUCCACUCAUCUCGCGACGGUCCCAAGAUUCAUACCUCCAACUGGCUCCCCUUCCUCCGAAUGAGCCUCGUCGCCAAGGACGAUUCGCCUAUUCCCAGCCAUCCAGUUCCAGUUCACAUCUUCUGCCUGACAUUGCCCCAAACCCCUACCACCCAUCACGGUACGAAUCGCCUUACACCCCAGAAACGCUUCCCUCAUCCCGGGGAUCGUCGGGCACAAGGCCUAUAGACCAUCAUCACCCCCUGCCUCAGUGGAAUCCACAACAUCCUCAACUUCCACCCCCUCCCACCAUGCUACCGUCCCUAAGCUCAGUUGACCAUCAUUCCUACUACAACAUUCCACCCCCACGGAACAUCUUGGAUUCUACUAACGACAGAUACCAAUAAACUCUUGAAUUUAACGAAUUUAAUGGCAACUCGGGUUUAAACCUCUGACGCAAUUAUACCGAUCCUUCUUAUUCCCAUCUCGAGUUCACUACAAAGAUCUUACUUCCAGGCUCUACUUAGGGGUUCGCGUUCGACUCAACAUCUUGCACGUUGUGAUCGCAUGGGGUUCUAUUUUUUUUUACCUGUGCAAAUCCCCUUCAUGAUGGGCAUUUUACCUGGAAUUACCUCCGUAUGGUCGAGACUUAGAUGUAUAUACUCUAGUUACGUACUUAUAUCAUACAGAUUGUAUACUUAUUACCUACUACUGGUAUCUUUCAACGUUAGCAUAAGACCACGACCGUUUAGUCGC